AUUCGCUCGCGGUGAUGUCAUCCAUGUUGGCGUGGGGCUGGUGCGUGCAGUCUGGGAGCAGAUCACAGCAGGACACCGGUGGGAAGGAGGGAGACGGGUUGGUGGCGUCCUCGGCGUCGGCGGCAGCUGUGAUUGUCCCCGCAGAGACGCCGCUGCUUUGGACUUCCUGCGCAUCGCUUGCACACUUUGAGUUGCCGUCCACGGGGGCCGAGUGUCCGUGGGGCCCUCCCGGGGCGUCACGCGACCUCUCAGGUGAGGCGGGUGAUGACGACAAGGUGGUGUCCGCCUCCUUGAUGUAAAGAGACGACGCCAGUCGGUGAUUGGCCGCUUCUAUGUCUGCAAACUUCCUGUUGGCACAGAAAGUUUUCUCCCAAAAAUAUGUUUUCGUUACAUUUUUAACAAAAACAAUCCCGCACACAUCAGCUAGGUGUCUUUUGACAAGGCCCGGCGCUCUCUGCAGUUGAGUAAGCUUGAAUAGGACACACACACACACACCUCUGUAUCAUGUUGUGCAGGAAGCGGCGGUGGUUGACUCGCCGCUUGGACGGUCGGUUCUUGCGAGGCUUCUGGAGGGUCCUCAUCAUGUGACCCGCCGCUGACGUCACAAAGGUGUAGAGGUCACGACCCCAGGGGACCCCUCGCUGCCGACCGGGCUCCGUCGUCACGGGGAUGGACGGCCUCAUGGCUGGCAAAGGAAAAGUAGAAGAAGGCGAGACAUUGGGAGGCUUGCAUGAAGAAUAACGAUGAAAGAGGGUGAACUUUGACCCAGUGAGAAGAGCCUGAAAGAUUGAUUUCAGCUCCUCCUGGCUGAACAGAGCCAACCAGAAAGACGAGUCGGUGUCUCUUAAAGAGUUGUCACGUUAGGCAUUGGGAGCUUUGCUGCCAUGAACAGAGUGUGGGCGGCGUUCAGGGCCCACCCGUACAUCAGCAAUGUGGCGGGCUACACGGCGCUCUUUGCCUCCGCCGACAUCUUCCAGCAGAGCGUGCUGAGCCGGAGGAGGGCGGUCGAGCCCGAGUCGCACGUCUUGCCCGGCAUCAGCUGGCAUCAGACGGCUCGUGUGGCCACCGUAGGCUUCUGUUUCCAUGCCAACUUCAACUACCAAUGGCUGCGCUGGCUGGAGAGGAUGCUGCCUGGGGGCGGGGUCAAGGCAGUGAUGGGGAAGGUGGUGGUGGACCAGCUGGUGGCGGGUCCGCUUACCAUCAGCGCCUUUUACAUUGGUUUAAGUUUGCUAGAAAGCAAAGACGAUCUCCUUGAAGACUGGCGGCAAAAAUUCUGGACGUCUUACAAGACUGGUGUCGUGUUCUGGUCAACAACGCAGGCUGUGAACUUUUCCGUGGUCCCUCCCGUGGCUCGGACGGUCUUCCUCGGAGCCGGCGCUCUGGCUUUCACCAUCUUUCUGUGUCACCUUCGACAGCAGCAGGACCACAAACUGAAGAAGUAAACUGGGCAGGUUUUAUACUGCAGGAAAUGACAUGCCAGCAAUGCAAAUACUUUUUUACUACUGCAAAUAAUGUCUAUAUAACAUCUAAUUUAAUUUCAAGACCAUUACAAUUUACUAAUAGUGUGUGAUGAAAUACGCAUGUGACAGAGCACAGAUGAAUCCCGCAGAUGUGAUGUUCUUAACCCAAUACAUGUAUUUCUACAUACGCCACUUCUGUC